UUGUGCCAAGUCCAAGGACACCAAAAUCAGACAACGCAACGAGUGGACCAUGUUAACUGUGAAAAAUAAUUCUCGAUUAUAAAUUAGUACUUAAGUUAAUUAAUUCACAUACGGAGCCUUAACAAUCCAAAACAUUUCCACCAUGGACCUGCUUCAUCUUUACGAAUGGAUCGAUUUAAAGAUUAUUUUUAUAUUUUCGUGUAUGUUUUUAUUCCUGAGCGAUUAUAUCAGAAAUAAAGUGCCGAAAAACUUUCCUCCUGGACCAUGGUCUUUACCUAUUAUUGGAGACCUUCAUCAUAUCGAUCACAAGAAAAUUCAUCUUCAGUUGGCAAAGUUUGCAGAAAAAUAUGGAGACGUUUUAAGCAUCCGAUUUUUCGGACUAAGAAUCGUUGUGUUGAACGGGUACAAAAGAGUAAAGGAAGUAUAUGUACAACAAGGCGAAAACCUCGUAGAUCGACCCAUGUUACCUAUGAUUUACGACGUCUUUGGAGACAAAGGUUUAGGUAGCUCCAGUGGAUAUAAAUGGAAACAUCAGAGGAGAUUUGCACUCUCAACUCUUAGAAACUUUGGAUUGGGAAAGAAAAGCCUGGAGCCGUCUAUCAUUGAAUGUCGCUUUCUGAAUGAGGUCAUUUCAAGUGAGAAUGGUCGACCCUUUAACCCUCAAAUCCUGCUAAACAAUGCUGUCUCAAAUGUGAUCUGUGUGCUUGUGUUUGGUAAUCGAUUUGAGUACAGUGACAAUGACUUCCAGAAUAUGUUGAAGAACAUCAAUGAGGCUAUGUAUCUGGAAGGAAGCAUCAGCGUUCAACUGUAUAACAUGUUUCCAUGGCUCAUGCGGCUACUGCCUGGACCACACAAAAAAAUGUUUGCUCUGUGGCAAAAGGUGAUUGACUUUGUUAGAGAGAAGGUAAAUACACACAGAGUGGAUUAUGAUCCAUCAAAUCCUCGAGACUACAUUGACUGCUUCCUUGCCGAGAUGGAAAAACUUAAAGACGACACAGAGGCUGGGUUUGAUGUGGAGAACUUGUGCAUCUGUACUCUGGAUCUGUUUGUAGCGGGAUCUGAGACAACCUCCACUACUCUGUACUGGGGUCUUCUCUACAUGAUAAAAUAUCCUGAGAUACAGGUCAGAGUUCAGGAGGAGAUUGAUCGUGUUGUGGGAGGAUCACGACAGCCAUCUUUAUCAGACAGAGACAACAUGCCCUACACCAAUGCAGUCAUUCAUGAGAUACAGAGGAUUGGAAAUAUUGUCCCAUUAAAUUUGCCCCGAGCUACUGUGGAAGACACUCAGAUAGGACAAUACUCCAUUCCAAAGGGUACAGCUGUGAUUGGCAGUUUGACAUCAGUGUUGUUUGAUGAGUCUGAGUGGGAGACACCUCACUCUUUUAACCCGGGUCACUUCCUGGAUGCUGAGGGGAAAUUAAGAAAGAGAGAUGCCUUUUUACCUUUUUCUCUAGGAAAGAGAGUGUGUCCUGGGGAGCAACUGGCAUGAAUGGAGUUGUUCCUCUUUUUUUCCUCUCUGCUGCAGCGCUUCACUUUCUCUUCACCAGGAGGUGUAGAGCCCAGCAUGGAUUACAGACUGGGCACCACUCGAUGUCCCCAACCAUAUAAAUUAUGUGCAUUGUCACGUUAAGACAAUCUAUUCAUACAAACAGGUGUUUGUGUAAUGCUUGUGCCUCUGUACAGUAUAUAUGUACCAUAUAUGAUUUGAUAAAGUAAUAGAAUUUAUUCUAAUUUACUUUGGAUAAGAAACCAUUUGGAAAAUAUGGAAUAAUACAAUGUAUGAGUUGAUAUCUACAAAUCAGAAAAUGUAUUCUUUAUAUAGGGUGACCAUACAAGCCAUUUUCCCAGGACGCAUCCUUGCCAGGAUUUCUAUAUUGCCUAAAACAUCCAAAGUAGUUUGACCAAUAACAUGUAUUGUACAUAAUCAACCAAUCGUGGCGUGUGAGAAGGUGAGAUCUACUGAAAACGAUCAAAGCAAUGCAAAAACACAUACAUGUUAAGUGUUUGUUUGUUCGUUCAACUUGAAGCAUCGCUGCGCACAGAUCAUUGUAUGGCAUUGUAUGAUUGUGAUCUGCUGUGCUCUCUGUAGCUCUUAAGAAUGUUAUACAGUAAUUAAUCUGCACAGUGCAAACAGCCAAAACCGUGAUAUUUUAGGCAAUAUAGAAAUCCUGGCAAGGAUGCGUCCUGGGAAAAUGGCUCGUAUGGUCAAACUAUUGUAGGCUGCUUCGGUGUAAUUUGCAUAGGUUGAAUUCGGGUAAUCUGGGAAAUUUUUUGCAAUUUUGAUUAUGCAGUUUAUUUCGAUAUCUAUCUGACAAAUUAGAUCAACACAUUAGACUUUUCUGAAAUCCAUAAGAGGAUUUCUAACUACACCAGAAGAAAGAAU